AUAAUGUUUGAGACCUUCAAUACCCCAGCCAUGUACGUGGCCAUUCAGGCGGUGCUGUCCCUGUAUGCAUCCGGGCGCACCACUGGCAUUGUCAUGGACUCUGGUGACGGGGUCACACACACAGUGCCCAUCUACGAGGGCUACGCCCUUCCCCACGCCAUCUUGCGUCUGGACCUGGCUGGCCGGGACCUGACAGACUACCUCAUGAAGAUCCUGACUGAGAGGGGCUACAGCUUCACCACCACGGCUGAGCGGGAAAUUGUGCGUGACAUUAAGGAGAAGCUGUGCUAUGUUGCCCUGGAUUUUGAGCAGGAAAUGGCUACUGCUGCAUCCUCCUCCUCCUUGGAGAAGAGCUAUGAGCUGCCUGAUGGGCAGGUGAUCACCAUUGGCAAUGAGCGGUUCCGGUGUCCAGAGGCGCUCUUCCAGCCUUCCUUCCUGGGCAUGGAGUCGUGUGGCAUCCACGAGACCACCUUCAACUCCAUCAUGAAGUGUGACGUGGACAUCCGCAAAGACCUCUAUGCCAACACGGUGCUGUCUGGCGGCACCACCAUGUACCCCGGCAUUGCUGACAGGAUGCAGAAGGAGAUCACAGCCCUGGCUCCCAGCACAAUGAAGAUUAAGAUCAUUGCUCCCCCUGAGCGCAAGUACUCCGUCUGGAUUGGCGGCUCCAUCCUGGCCUCGCUCUCCACCUUCCAGCAGAUGUGGAUCAGCAAGCAGGAGUACGACGAGUCAGGCCCCUCCAUCGUGCACCGCAAAUGCUUCUAGACGGACUGAGCAGGUGCCAGGCAUCUGCUGCAUGAGCUGAUUCUCAAGUAUCAAUUUGCCCUGGCAAAUGUACACACCUCAUGCUAGCCUCAUGAAACUGGAAUAAGCCUUUGAAAAGAAAUUUGUCCUUGAAGCUUGUAUCCAAUAUCAGCACUGGAUCGUAGAACUUGUUGCUGAUUUUUGACCUUGUAUUCAAGUUAACUGUUCCCUUGGUAUAUGUUUAAUACCCUGUGCAUAUCUUGAUUUAGUCCUUAGUCAUGUGGCUUGGUCAUUUGGUGGCUGGGGAGAGCACGCUGUGGAAGAGAAAUCCCCAGCCUGGUGGAUCUGUGUGAGCACCGUGCAGUGAUGUGUGCAGGGUAUUAACAGCUGACUUCCAGGAUUUCUCGAGGCUGGCAAGGGUUCCUGAACCAGUUACCAUUCCGUCUUGCCGGUCUAACAGGGUGGGAGAGUCCGAGCCUUAGGACCCGGUUUCCGUUCUGGUGUUUUCCCUCCUGACCGCCGUGGGUUGUUACUUGCCUUGAGUUGGGAACGUUUGCAUUGACAACUGUAAAUGUAUUCAUCCUUUUAAUUUAUGUAAGGUUUUUUGUACUCAAUUCUUUAAGAAAUGACAAAUUUUGGUUUUCUACUGUUGAGUGAGAACAUUAGGCCCCAGCAACACGUCAUUGUGUAAAGGAAAAUAAAAAGUGCUGCAGUAAUAA